UAGACUUUUGUCAACUUCAUUAACGAAGUCCUAUAUUGCAUAAAUAAUAUAUUUUGGACGUUAACUACAUAAAUCUUAUAAUUUUAAAUGCUAGAAAUCUAUAAAUCCCCCUUAAAUUUAAGCUGCCCUAACCUACAAUCGGAUCUUCUUUGCUGUCUCCAGUUGUUGGAAAAGCUAUCGGCCAAGAAAAAAUUUAGCUGUUUUUCUAUCCAACGCUUCAACAGAACCGCUUAAAAAUAAUUAUAUAAAAAGGAAAAAAAUAUAAUGAACAGAAAGAAGCGGUAGGCCCCACAUCGACUUGCCUUCGAUUCGACCUUCAGCCGUCACGACCUGACCGCCCUCCUACGCCGCGCUGCCGCGGCCGCCGCGCGUAUGGCCCACCAUCAUCCCUCCGCUUCCUCCUUCUCCGACUUCACCAUUUCCGUGGGGCACGACUCCGAAGCCGGCGAUGCCGAUGUCGAAUGGCCAUUCGGAAGAAUCGACGCCGUCGAUCGCGGCGAACUCCGCGAAACGGCUUACGAGAUUUUCUUCGCCUCAUGCCGCUCCUCACCCGGCUUCGGCGGUAGAAACCCCCUCUCAUUCUACCCUUCAAACCAUCACCAGCCAUCCCCGGAAGGAGGUAACACCGCGGCUACCUCCGGCACCGGCAUUAUGGUCGUCAACAGCAGGAUCAAGCGCGCACUCGGCCUCCGCACCCGUCGCGGCUCGCCACCGAUGCGCGUCAUGAGCGCACACUCCUCAUCACCCGUCGUAUCGGUAGGCGGGGCCGCCGGAGCCUCAUCCCCCGGUGCCGGCCGGCUCAAGCAGCGCCCCAUGACCUCCGCGGAGAUCAUGCGGCAGCAAAUGGGGGUCACCGAGCAGAGCGACAACCGCCUCCGGAAAACCAUAAUGCGCACGCUCGUCGGCCAGGCCGCAAAGAGAGCGGAGACCAUCAUCCUCCCAUUGGAGCUUUUGAGGCAUCUAAAACCAUCGGAAUUCAGCGACGCGCAGGAAUACCAUCAGUGGCAACGGCGGCAGCUGAAGAUCCUCGAGGCCGGCCUGCUCCAUCACCCUUCCAUCCCCCUUGAUCGCCUCAACUCAUCGGCACUGCGCCUCCGUGAGGUAAUUCGCUCCGGCGAGCUCAAACCCAUCGACAACAGCAAGAAUUCCGAAUCCCUUAAAGCUCUCUGCAAUGCAGUCGUCUCCCUCGCGUGGCGGAACUCCAAUGGAUCCCCUGCUGAGGCCUGCCAUUGGGCCGACGGCUUCCCCCUUAACAUCCACCUUUAUAUUUCCCUCCUCCGAUCCAUCUUCGACCUCCGCGACGAAACCGUGGUGCUCGAGGAGGUCGACGAGCUGAUCGAGCUGAUGAAGAAGACAUGGAUUACGCUUGGCAUCAACAAGAUGACACACAAUGUCUGCCUGGCCUGGACGAUGUUCGAGCAGUACGUAAAGACAGGACAGAUCGAGCAGGACCUGCUCGGCGCGUCACUGAUCAUCCUCGGCGAAAUCGCCACCGAAGCCAAAAAAGAGGCAGAAUUCCUCAAAGUCCUUUCUCCGGUGAUGUCGUCGAUGCUAGCGUGGGCCGAAAGGAAGCUGCUUGAUUACCACACUGUAUUCCGCGGGAAAUGUUCCGUUGCGCUCAUGGAGAAGGUUCUCUCGCUGGCUCUCACCACAGCCAAAAUCAUGAACGACGACCAACGAAACUCAGCCGAUGAAGACGGCAAUGGCGAGGUCAUCAAUUCUGCGGUGUCCCCAAUCGAACGCUACAUAAAGUCUUCCCUCAAAAGCGCAUUCACUAAGAUACUAGAGAACGGGAACGGGAACGUGGACAGCAUGGUGGUGGAGGUAGACGAAGAACCUAGCGAGACUCUAGUGCAUCUAGCCAAAGACACAGAGACCUUGGUGGCCCUCGAGAAGGAGACUUACAGUCCGGUGCUCCAGAGAUGGCAUCCUGGUUCGAUGGCCGUGGCGGUGGCGACACUCCAUAGCUGCUACGGAAUUGUGUUGAAGCAGUACUUGGCUAGAAUCCCUGGACUGAAAAAUGAGACUGUUCGGGUUCUUCAGACCGCCGGAAAACUGGAGAAGACGCUGGUACAGAUGGUGGUGGAGGACUCAGCCAACUGCGAUGAUGGAGGUAAGGCUAUCGUGAGGGAGAUGGUGCUCUACGAUGUGGACUCCAUUAUCCUUAGCCUGAUGAAGAAUUGGAUAACGGGAAGGCUGAGAAUUGGCAGGGAGUGCUUCAGCAGAGCAAAGGAAACAGAGACCUGGAACCGAAAAUCCAAAUCAGAGCCCUACGCACAGUCUGCAGUUGAUCUGAUGAAGCUUGCUAAAGUAACAGUGGAUGAGUUCUUUGAAAUACCGGUGGCUGCAAGGGAAGAGCUGGUUCAGGAACUCGCCGAUGGCCUGGAAAACCUCUUCCAGGAUUACACUUCCUUCGUUGCUUCCUGCGGGACGAAGCAGAGCUACAUCCCCAACCUCCCACCGCUAACCAGAUGCAACCAGGACUCAAGAUUCACCACUCUAUGGAAGAAAGCUCAGGCCUUGAUCGGAUUAGUCCAUCCCAAAACCAGAAAGAAACCCACUCCGGCCGAAAGCCACCAUCCCCGCCCUUCCACCAGCCGCGCCACCCAACGCUUCUACAUCCGCCUCAACUCCCUCCACUACGUCCUCGCCGUCCUCCACUCCAUCGACAAAUCCCUCUCUUUCUUUGGCCGAAACUCUUCCCGCUCCCCUCACCCCCGCCUCGCCGGCCCCGGUUCCACCUCCCGCCGCCGCAUCGCCCCCACCUGCUUCGACCUCGCCCGCUCCUCCCUUCAAUCCGCCAUCUUCCACGUCUCCGAAGUGGCCGCCUAUCGCCUCAUCUUCGUCGACUCCCACCAAGCCUUCUACCAAGGCCUCUACGCCGGCGGCGUCGCCGCCGCCCGAAUCCGCCCUUCACUCCGCCUGCUAAAACAGAACCUCAACUUCAUCGUCACAAUUUUAACCGACAGGGCUCAGCCGGUGGCGGUGCGGGAGGUGAUGAAGGCGGCACUAGAAGCCUUUUUGAUGGUGUUGUUGGCCGGCGGAAGCGAGAGAGCCUUCGGGCGGGGUGACAGCGAGAUGGUCGCGGAGGAUUUGGAGAGUUUGCGGCGAGUUUUCUGCACAUCGGGUGAGGGGUUGGUGGCAGAGGAGGUAGUGGAGAAAGAGAUGGAGGUGGCGGAGGGGAUCGUGGCCCUCAUGGCUUUGCCUACUGAGAAAUUGCUGGAGGAGUUUACGACGGUGGCGUGCGAGGCGAGUGGGAUCGGAGCGCAUAAGGUGCCCAUGCCGCCGACGACGGGGAAGUGGAACAGAUCGGAUCCCAAUACCAUUUUGCGUGUGAUCUGUCACAGGGACGACGAGGUGGCUAACCGGUUCUUGAAGAGGACGUUUCAGAUGGCCAAGAGGAAGUGAUCAAAUUUUAAUUAAGAUAAAUUUAUUAUUUUUAAAUUUAUUCUAAAAUGAAUAUUAAUUUUUAUACUAUAUUCAUUUUAAAAAUAAAAUUAAAAUUUUUAAGAAUUUUAUCUUAAUUGCUGAUCAGAUAAUUUUUGAUUGCUUGGUACUUUUCCCGUUUAGAGUCAGAAAUUUGUUGAUAUUAUUUAAUAUUGAUAGUUUUUAAUUAUUAAUAUUAAGUCGUAUCGAAUAAAAUAAUAAUUAAAAACGCAUA